CAAAAGGAAGUCUGUAUUCCGAGCAAAGAGCGUAAUGUAAGGCACAAAGGACAGUUUUCCGCAUCCAGCUUUGACGAUGAUACCUCAUGGGAGUAUUAUGGUCCAUAAACUUCUCUGAAGCAAGCAAGCACACUGCUUGAAACGUAGCAAGCCCACCCAAUCAUUAAUGAAAGAAACCACAACCAUCCACUCACCGUAACCUUCCUGCUCGCGCAAGCAUCUCCAAGAUCCAAGAUGAUCAAGAUCACUGUCGAGAAUCCAAACACUGGAAUCCCCAAUCACCGCACUCCGUCCCCAAUGGCCCUUCUACCGACAAUGAGCCGCCCUUGUCAUCGGGAUCCUCCCGGUCCAAGUCCCCUCAGGGACAUGGAGAUGUACUCUUUAGAUUCAGGCAGUGAGUCCCCGUCCUCUGAAUACAGCAGUCCAGUCGUCAGCCGCUAUGGGCACCGCUCCGUGUCCGAAGCAAACGGAAGAGGCAACGCCCGCUUCAGGGAGAACCUGCCACCUUCUCGCGGCAGCAACGAUGCAAUCAGGCCCGUUGACCAGGCACCGACACACAACGAUGAAGUGUCAGGAGAACCUAUGGAAAUGGGAUAUCAACGCAUGCCAUGGGGUGGUGUUUGCUUCGGGACUUGCGGCGGAACGCCUUGCCUGCCAGGUGUAAGGGCAAAUUGUCAAGGGCGUUAUUUCCCGCCUCGACUACGCCGUCGCUUGACCAAAUCGCACCUAAGAUCGGACCUGAACGAUUACAAGGGGCCGCACUUUGUUGACAUAUAUGUCGCCAGGGAGGAGGCUAGGGCAUGCGUUGUCGAAGAUUCAGGUAGCCAGACAUGCUGGACCUCCAGGAAGCGCAGAGCGAAAGCCUGGUUGAUCAAAUUGGGGUGGCGUAGUAAAUCGAAAAAAUACGCGAACUUCCUGAGUGUUGGAAACCUAGUGGUGUGAAGACAUUGCAGUAUUGAGGUUCAUGGGCUGCGGUGGUGUGCCCAUCAAUGUCCAGCGUCGAAGGUCCCUAGUAGGAGUAGAAUGCGUUGAAUGCAAAAGAGAGAGUCGCCUGGGCAAAUCAAAAGAAACAGAAAAUCCUCAAAAAAAGUCAACUCAUUAGCUGAGACUGGUUUCGAUCCAGUGUCCUCCGGGUUAUGAGCCCGGCGCGCUUCCGCUGCGCCACUCAGC